AUGUUGAGGAGAAAGCCGACUCGUUUGGAGCUGAAGAUUGACGACACAGAGGAGUUUGAGAGUGUCAAAAAGGAGCUGGAGGCCCGGAAGCGUCAGCGCGAGGAGGCAGAGUCCGGAGGGGGCGGGGCUUCUGCGGUUGGUGCUGAUGCUGCGGGGGGCGGGGCCUCAGCAUCCUCCUCCUCAGCCGCCUCCAGGGCGGAGCUCAUCAACGAGAGAAUAGGCUACAAGCCCCACCCCAAACCCGCCACGCUGCCCACUUUGUUCGGGAGUUUACAGUUUUAA